AUGAGACCCUCCGAAAAGUACUCUGUAUCGGGGCCCAAGAAAGACGAUCUCACGUCGACGCUCAUCCACAACCUGCGCACGCCGCCGUACCCCGACUGCCCGAUCUGCUUCUCCGCGAUCCACCCCGUGCAGCCGACGUGGUCAUGCUCGCCCUCGCUGCCGAUCGCAGGCGCCGAAGGCGAGAACGAGAACAUGCAGUGCUGCUGGACGACGUUCCAUCUGAAGUGCAUCAAGUCGUGGGCGUCGAAGAGCGUGAAGGAGAUGGCGGAGGCGUGGCGUGCGAGGGGGGAGGACCGGAAGGGCGAGUGGAGAUGCCCCGGGUGUCAGGCGAAGCGCAUGAUUGUCCCAAACGGUUAUUGGUGCUUCUGUGGGUCUACGAUGGACCCAAAGCCUCCUCGGCUCGCUACACCCCAUUCGUGCGCGAACCCAUGCUGUCGACCGCGGGUCUGCGGACAUGGCUGCCCUCUCGCUUGCCAUCCGGGGCCGUGUCCUCCAUGCCAGGUCACCGUCGAGCUUCCGUGCUAUUGCGGCAAGCAGACGCUGGCAUACCGAUGCGCGAACCUCCACCCGAGCAAGACGAACAAGAUGGCAUCGGGCCAGGCCGCCGACCUCUCCUGCGGCAAGGUGUGCGGGAGGAAGCUGGGAUGCGGCAACCACACCUGCGAGAACACCUGCCAUGACGGAUCCUGUCCGCCGUGCCCGGUCAAGGAGAUCGCCAAGUGCUACUGCGGCAAGGAAGAGCGCGAGCUCGGAUGCGGCGAAGGGGAGACGAAGGUCUGUCUCGUCAUCGAUACGGAAGGACGCGAGGAGCGCUGGACGGGCAAGUUCGCAUGCAUUAAUAAAUGUGAGCGGCCCUUCGACUGCGGCGUCCACAGAUGCUCCAAGCCGUGCCACCCUCCGUCCCCGCUCCCUUUGCCCUGUCGUUUCUCGCCCUCGCUCGUGACGCACUGUCCCUGUGGGAAGCACGCGCUUACCGAGUCGUCUGCCUCCGCCUUCCCGCCGGGGACGACGCUCACUCGGACGAAGUGCACCGACCCGAUCCCGACGUGUGCGUCUUUGUGCAUGAAGCCGCUCGCGAGCUGUGUGCACGCGUGCGCGGCGCGGUGCCACACCGGCUCGUGCCCACCUUGCUCAAUUCGCAUUGUGCGUCCGUGCCGGUGCGGCGCGACGACACGCGAUGUAAAAUGUUCGGAGUUGCAGGAUGGCGCGGAUGAGAUUUUGUGCGACAGGCCAUGCACGGCGCUGCGGGCAUGCGGACGGCACCAAUGCAAUCGCUUGUGCUGUCCGCUGGCGUCGCUCGCGGGCUUGGGCAGGGGCAAGAGGGGGAAGCGCGCGGUGAUGACCGCGGUGGACGAGUCGGGGCUGCAUGAGUGCGACUUGGUGUGUGGCAAGAUAUUGGGGUGCGGGAAUCAUCGGUGCGAGGAGAGGGAUCAUAAGGGCCCGUGUCCGCCCUGCUUGAGGAGUUCGUUCGAGGAGAUGAUUUGCCAUUGUGGUAGGACAAUUCUUGAGCCUCCUAUACCUUGCGGGACGCGGAUUAACUGCACGUAUCCCUGUGCGCGGCCGCCACCGCCUUGCGGUCAUCCAAAGUCUGCGCAUGCGUGUCAUGAGGACCCAGCACCCUGUCCUCCUUGCCCAUUCCUAACCGCUAAACGCUGCGCGUGCGGAAAGAAGAUUGUGGAUAACGUCAAGUGCUCUCAGGAGAAAGUUUCGUGCGGAACUGUUUGCGGCAAGCUCUUGGGAUGCGGAUUCCAUCACUGUCAAAGACUCUGCCAUGGAGACGAUUGUGGCUCUUGCAGCGCUGUAUGCGGGAAGCCGCGGAAACUCUGUUUGCCAGCGAUUCACCCUUGCACAGAGUCAUGCCAUGCCCCCGCGUCAUGCCCCGAAAACGAGCCCUGCCGCGCUGCGAUAACCAUUACCUGUCCUUGUGGACGUAUCCGACAAUCUGUUCCAUGCGGGCGGAGCACCUCUAACCCUGCCGGAAAGGAAGGGUCGCAGCAGCUGAAGUGUUCUAACGAAUGUCUCGUCGCGAAACGCAACGCACGUUUGGCGGCUGCUUUGGGUAUCAAUCCCGAACAGCAUUAUGACAAGGAGGUCUCCUACAACGAUGAUCUGGUCGCUUUCGCCAGAGCGAAUGUGAAAUUUUGUGCGCUUGUGGAGAAGACGUUCGGCGAGUUCGUGAAGUCGGAUAAGAAGACGCAGGUGUUGCCGCACAUGCCUCCCGAGCGGCGGAAGUUCGUCCAUGAUCUCGCCAGUGUUUAUCGUAUGGACACGCAAAUGGUCGAUCAAGAGCCCCAUCGCAGCGUACAGUUAAUUCGGCGGCUUGAUACUCGCGUACCGUCUCCGCUGUUAUCGUCCGUGAUAGCCUCUUCGAAUACGUCGUCUAAUCUUGGAAAGCUUGCGGAUUUACGGGCUCCACCUGCCCCGCGAUCGUCGUCGCCUGCGGUUGCUCCUGCCCCUGCUGUCAAUUCUGCGCCAGGGCGGGGAUGGACGUCCGUCGUAGCUCGCCCUCCUGGCUCAUCAGCUCCGAGCGGCGGUAGAAGUUGGACUAGUCGGGAUGAAGUUCGUCCAGCUGCGCCCUCAGCUACUGGCCUGGUGCAGUCUACCGUUGCCCCGCCCUGGUUGCGACAGUCCAACGCUGGCACUGGCACUUCAGCCGCGUCUGUACCCGACAGUUGGGAGGAAGACGUAUAG